GCAGCAGCGUCAACAACAACUGAUGCAACAAGUUUGACUUCCACAACCACCCCUUCAGCAGAUGCAUCAACUACAACUCUGUCUGACACAACUACAACUACUGAUGCAACAGGUUUGACUUCCACAACCACCCCUUCAGCACCUACGACUGUAGCAACAACAUCAACAAAAAUAGACGAAUCAACCACAACAUUGUCUGAACCCACAUCAACAACGGAUGCAACCACAUUCUUGGCAUCCACCACCACACCUUUGACAUCGACAAGUAUAGCACCAUGCCGCAACAUCCUCAACUACAGCUCUGUGAAACUGACAACUAUAUCAGCACCAUCAACAUCUGAUUCAGCAACAACAAGUAUGCCUGCAACCACAAUCUUGACUUCCACAACCACACCUCUGACAUUGACAACUAUAGCACCAGUAUCAACAACUGAUGCAGCAACCACAACUCUGUCUGGCACCACUACAACUACUGAUACAACAACAUCUUUUGAUUCCACAUCCACCACUCUAAUGUCAACCAGUGAUGCAUCAACUACAACUCUGUCUGGCACCACUAUAACUACUGAUGCAACAACAUCUUUAGAUUCCACAAGCACCCUGCUAAUGUCAACAACUGAUGCAUCAACCACAACUCUGUCUGACACCACAACAACUACUGAUGCUACAACCUUGGAUUCCACAACCACCCAUCUAAUGUCAACCACUGAUGCAUCAACAACAUCUCUGUCUGACACCACAACAACUACUGAUCUUGGCUUCCACAGACACAUCACUGAUAUCGACUACUAUAGCACCAGUAUCAACCACUGA